GGUAUUAUUUAGGUGUUGUGCCGCUGUCAAGUCUGAUACAGCUUCUAAGGCAGACCAAAUAAAGUUAAUAUUAUUGAGCGUACCUGGCUGACAACCACUGUAUUUUGCUAUCGACGUAAAUAAUAUUUUAGAUGAAAUUAAUUAGGGCUUAAAGCGCACUGUAGGAAGUUCUGAAAGGUAACUCUUUUGGCAAAUAAGGUAGCGACGUCUCCUCACAUGUUUGCUGCGAUGUUAGCCUUUGCUUGUUUUAUUCAAUGAAGCCGAUCUAGUUGCUAACAGGGUAGCCUGCCUGACACAUCUGGCGUGUUUUGUGAUAACUGACAUUAACUAAUCGGAACAUUUUAGCUGUGGAAAAAUGGAACUGCAGGCGGUGUUGAUGGCCGCUGGUGGUGGGUCCCGCAUGAUGGAUCUCACCUAUAAUACACCAAAACCACUACUACCUGUGGGAAACAAACCUCUCAUUUGGUAUCCCCUGAACCUACUUGAGAGAGUAGGAUUUGAAGAGGUCAUAGUCAUCACCACAAAGGAGGUGCAGAAGACACUCAGCACGGACCCCAAGCUGAAGGACAUAAAGUUGAAGCUGGAGGUGGUGAACAUCCAGGAGGAGGCAGACAUGGGCACGGCCGACGCUCUCAGACACAUCCAGCAGAAGAUCAAGACCGAUAUUUUGGUUGUGAGCUGUGAUCUGAUCACCGACGUUGCUCUGCACGAGGUGGUCGACCUGUUCCGUGCCCACAACGCCACCCUGGCCAUGCUGAUGAGCAAAACCAACGAGUUCACAGAAACCGUCCCUGGCCAGAAGGGCAAGAAAAAGACAGGGGAGCAAAGGGACUUUGUGGGAGUGGACGGGACGGGGAAGAGGCUUCUCUUCAUGGCUAACGAGGCAGACCUGGAGGACGGCCUGGUGGUCAGGAAGUCCAUCAUGCAGAAACAUCCCAGGAUGCACAUCAAGACAGGCCUUCUGGAUGCCCACCUGUACUGCCUGAAGAGAUCUGUGGUCGACUUCUUGGUAGACAACAAGUCCAUCUCCUCCAUCCGGGGAGAGCUAGUGCCUUACCUGGUGCGAAAACAGUUCUCCAAGAUCAGUCAGUCGCAGAGGCCUAAGGACGACAGCAACCAGGACCAGAAGAAAAAAGAUCGAAAUGCAAACCUUGAAAUCCUCACGUCCUCGAAAGACGACUCUCUGCUGCAGCUGGCUCGGGAACGCUCCUGCUGGAACGAUCACCACGGUGAUAUGAACGAGGCUUACCAUGGCGGGAAGCUCCGCUGCUACGUGCACCUCAUGGAGGAGGGCAUGUGCUACCGCGUCAACACGCUAGCAGCCUACAUUGAGGCCAACCGUAUGGCUCCAAAGCUGUUCGAUGAUCCUCCUGUCCACCCAUCAGCUGUAGUGUCGGAGCGUAGCCAGGUUGGAGCUGACAGUAUAAUUGGAGCCUCCUGUCAGAUAUCCGACAAGACGUCCAUUAAACGCUCAACGAUUGGUGCAUCUACCACAGUGAAAGAGAAGGUCAAGAUCGCCAACUCCAUCAUAAUGAAUGGUGUGACUAUCGAAGAGGGGUGUAGCAUCCAGGGCAGCGUGAUCUGCAGUAAUGCCGUGAUUGGACGUGGUGCUGACAUUAAGUACUGCUUGGUGGGGAACAGCCAGCGCAUAGAGCCAGAAGCUGAAAGAACCAAUGAGGUCAUCGUUGGGAGUGAUCAACUGAUGGAGAUCUAGGAGCUUGGAAGAAGGACUCUUCUCAUAGAAGACCAGACCGAGACUCAAUCAGAUGGCCUUGUUAGACCACUGAUCUUCACAACCACAUCCACACACAGUGUCCAAAUAAAUGCCAGCUAUUUAUCUCAAAACAC